AUGGUCAUCUCAUUUGCACAGAAAAACUUGGUAAUUACAAACAAAUCAGGUGGGCUGAUCUACUCCAGUCUUACUGACGCUGAUCCAAAUGAAAUGCUAAUCAUUGGCAGCACGCUACACACUCUUCUUGAGAUUUUAGAGCACAUUUGUGAGGGCCAAUCUCUCAGCAACGCGCAAGCGUACAAUAAAACAGUAGAGUAUGGGCAAUCCAAAAUAAUUACGUUCAGGACACUGACAGGAUAUUCCUUUAUUUUCCUGUGGGAUAGCACAGAUCCACCUUUCAACAGCGUUUAUCUCCAUUUUUGUGAAACUGUCCUUCAGAACUACAGCUAUCGAUUGGGUAUGCCUGCCAGAAGUAAAAGAUUCUGCCCAGAACAGUACUUUUAA